AUGUCUGUCCCAUCGUCCGCACCGCGUGUUACCGCUCCGACCUCCUCCCAGACUCCCGUCACCGCGUCCGUCGUCAAGUUCCGAUGUUUAUUCACCCAUGACCUGCGCCGCAAGUCGAAACGCUGGCAGGAUGGCUACCUCCGAUACCAUGCCUUCAAUAAACGAGUCAUGGUCUAUGACGAACAUGGCAAUUACAUCGGCGAUCAUCACUGGCGGGCCGCCGAAGAGGUGCAAGACGGCGACGAGCUGGAGCUCGAUAAGGGCGUGUUGAUUGAAGUCGGCGAGCGCAUGAGCACCACGCAGCAGGAUCUCACAAACUUGUUCGAGAAGAAGCGCUCCAGCCAGGCGUCCCCAGGAACGCCAUCUCACUACAGAGACUCCCAACCCUCGCAACCGCCGCGUCCAACGCCGACCCCCGUUCGAGCUACCGGCGGAUCCUCGCAGUCGUUUCGUUCGUUGAAUGACCUGCUGGGGAUUAAACGAACACCAAUUGGCCAUCUUGUGUCCCCGUACGAAGAACGUCAUCCUCCACCGACGCCAAGCCUUCCUGGAUCCUCCGCACGACCCCCCAAACGACCGCGAGUUUCAGCCGAGAACCCCCGGACGGCACCACCGAGUCCCCCUGCACGGGAAGUAGUGAGACGUCAGCAGGACACGAGGCCUAACCCGCCUAUUACGCCGCUCGAAAAGCCAAAACCGAAACCGAAAGAAACGCCUCGGAUUCCCAAUCCUCCGAGUAAUCCUGCCAGUACACUUGCGAAACCGUCUCUGCCCCUGCCAUCAGAAACAAGACCGCGACCUCCAAAUUCUACUGCUCACACGGCGCGUGAGGAUGCCAGUGUCGAACCGUCUAAACAUCGCGACCUCCCGAAUAACGAUAUUUCACGACCCUCACGCCCAAAUAAUGAUCAAGAGCCACCAAAGAAACCCGGCAAUGUUUUGCGCAUGGCAAAGGAAAAGCCCCGUCGGAAGUUGAUGUACAAUGCACUAUUGCCUACUUCGAGUAGCAGUGACGGGUUUCAAAAGUCGUCCUCGGUUUCAUCAAUGGGCCCUCCCAUGGGCCCUCCCAGCAAGCGAAGCCAUCCUGCGUCAAAUCCGAGCCCUAAAAAGUCGGAGUCAGUACAUGCCCGCAAUAUCUGA